AUGGUGAAACUCCCCAGGGGUCAGUGUCCGCGGAAGUCUAGGAGAGGAGUGAAUGCAAGUCGUAAACCCUUAUCAUGCUAGGACUUGGAGACAGAGGACAGAAUUCAAAACAGGGAGGGAAUUCACGUAAACAGGGUGGACGGUUCAGAAAGUUAGUAGGAUCCUCGUUGACGCCUGUGGAGAUGGGGACGACCUUUCAUCAGGCUUCAUACUGAACUUAAAUUUCAUUCCAUUGACAGAAAACAUAGAGUUUGGUAUAAGAACUGACCGGUAUCCAAUAGAAUCAAGAGGGAAGCAAGAAACCUGCAUUCUAAAAGUCGCAUAGUUAAACAUAACACUUUGACUGGGCGAGGCGGCACAUGGUGCCGAGUGACACUUAACCUUCUUCUGUUAAUAUCAAAUAUGUCCGCGUUCAAGCACUAACGUCAUCGAUCAUGCCAAGACAAAGAAAUUGGUCGGCAAUCAGCCUGUUUCUCGCUCGGGCCUAAGAGGGGGAAUGUUACUGAAAAAACGUGGAGGGCUGGAACACCGGGAAAUGAUGGAGAAUAGUCAUAACAUCGCUGUGGACGGGAGGUCUGUGAGUUUUAACUAACAGCAUCCUCUACAUCGGCGGAUCUGACUAGGCGCUGCACUAGGACGAAGGCGGAGAAAUCACUUCGGGAAAUGAUAAAGCAAGACAGACAGGCGGUAAGACAUUGGGGGGAAGAAAAGACGAAGAAAAGAUUGGUUUUAUAUUAUGGGCAUUGUCAUAAGGAAAGGUAAAGUCAGGGAAGUAACCAGUUAUGAGGUCAAGAUACACAAUAAUACUUUUCCAAAAAUGACAGUCAAGGUACACGUUCCGAAUGGACAGUUGAUGGGAAGUUUGGGAUAGACAAAACUCUUGACAGGCUCUGUGAUGCUUAGCUACUGGAGUACGUCGUUAGAAACCAAUCAGACAAUCGAUUAGGGCGAAUAAAUCAGCACCAGGGGUUGUGGCCAUAACCUUCCUUACCACAAAUAUCUAGGAAAGGUAACGCUUAGUGCCAGGAUUGCGAAGGAGAAGCAGAAGCCAAGUAUAGUUAUGGGAGAGACGUCGACAACCUGCAGGAACGAGUUGGAGGUAGGGCGGCAACGGUCAGUAGUUGCCGAAGGCGUGACAAUGAUAAGAACAUCAUUGUCAAACAGGGAAGGCCUACGAGUUUUGGUGUCGCACACCAAAAAAUCAUUACCUGCUCAAUAGCUGCAAGGCAGGUCGGCCGAAUUGAGCUUUUGGCCGAUGGGCUUCCUGAUACCAGCCUGAAAGUAUGAAAUCAAACUCCACGACAGGUCUUAUAACUGAAAUUCAUAUACAGUAUAUGUGCUAACUCAUGAAAUGUCAACCAAAAUUUAGAAAUGCAUUCUCGUUUCGAAAAGAUAAAUUAAGCAGUGUUGUAAAACGUAUCAUGAUGCAGCAUAAAUCUAUAAUGAUUCAGUUACCUCAGGGUGUCGGCUUUCGAAAUAACUUAUUUUCGGCUGCAUGCAAGAUCUAUACUCUGCAAAAAAUGACUACUUAAGUAGCAUGCAAUUUUCUCAUUGACUUUCGAUGCCCUUGAAAAUUCAAUUAUAUUUCAUGGGAAACAUGCAUAUAAAUAUUCAUUCUUUUACUUUUUCCUUAGAAAAUCACGUCUUCUUCCAAUUGCACACUCAAAAGAAGAGUAUAAUUCGAUUUAAAAAAGUUUCUAAUUGUGAGAUUUUUUAAUACCGUUAAAUGGCCGUUCAGAAAACGUCCUGUAUUUGCAUGUACGAAUGUGGCUUGUAAAGUUAACAAUAUUGCAUGCAUUUCUCUACGUUGUUAAGAGGAGACCAUAUGACAUUCAUCAAAUUAAGCAGUGGAUUUGAGCAACAUUGUUAACUUUACAAGCCACAUUCGUAAAUGCAAAUACAUGACGUUUUAUAAACGGCCAUUUGACGGUAUUAAAAAAUCUCACAAUUAGAAACUUUUUUAAAACCGAAUAAUACUCUUCUUUUGAGUAUAAAAUUGGAAGAAGACGUGAUUUUCUACCGAAAAUUAAAAGAAUGAAUACUUAUAUGCAUGUUUUCCAUGAAAUAUAAUUGAAUUUUCAAGGGCAUCGGAAGUUAAUGAGAAAAUUGCAUGCUACUUAAGUAGUCAUUUUUUGCAGAGUAUAGAUCUUGCAUGCAGCCGAAAAUAAGUUCUUUCGAAAGCCGACACCCUUAGGUAACUGGAUAAUUAUAGAUUUAUGCUGCACGAUGAUUCGUUUUACAACACUACGUAAUUUAUCCUUUCGAAACGAGAACGCAUUUCGAAACUUUGGUUAACAUUUCAUGAGUUAGCACAUCUACUGUAUUAUUACGACAUGCCGGCAGUCCGCCGAUGGAAGCGUAUGUGAAAAAGGCUAGGUGUACGCAGGAAGUUCGCAAGCCACUGUUUUGACCGAAAAAACGAUCAGUUUUAAAGUGAUUCUGGCAACCUGCGCACUGAGCUUUGUAAACUCCCUGGAGGAUGGGGAAACUGACAUUGCUGAUUCAUAUGCGGACUAGGGGCGCAGUAGUGUUCAUCUGUGGGUCCACGUGAUGGUAUUAGUAGGUCACUUACUUACUACGCCUAACGUCCAUUAACUAGCACCCAACUCUCCCUUUCUUCCUUCUACUCCACUACUUUUCCCCACUGCCGGAAUGUCCUACGUCGAAGGCGACAUGCAAUCACAUAGGCGGCCCAAGCCAAAGGGUCGUUCUCUCACUUUAUCUAGUGACCAUAUGGACAGCGGCAGUCGUCUGUUGCGACCGAUCAGUCCGAUUUGGGGAGAGCAUUGCUUACCGUUGUAAGGGGGUUGGGCCGGAAAAGAUGCCCUUAGCAAUGCUGGGAUCCCGACAUCUGCGCGCAAACUGGAAUGCCUGCAGUCAAAACCUUUAAAACAGAAACAUACUCUCUCUUCCUCCUCCUCCUCCCCUCUGCGCCAACUCACAGUCCGUUAGGGUGAUAACAUUCACGCUGGCAUACUGGAAUGUUUGUUCCCCUUCAGCCAAUCCGAAGAGCAACCGACCGGAACGGAGAACGGCACAAGUCGCUCGGGAAUUGGCGCGCUGUAAGGUUGACACCGCUGCACUCAGCGAAGCCCGGUUCCCAGAACAAGGCCGACUGGAGGAUGUGAGUGUGGGAUACACUUUCCUCUGGAGCGAUCGCCCCAAGACAGAUCGACGGGAAGCGGGCUUCGCCUUCGCCUUCCGGAAUGACAUCGUGGUACGACUUCCCUGUCUGCCACAGGGCAACAGCCAUCGCUUGAUGAGCCCGCCUCUGCCCCUCCGGGGUCCCAAUUUCACUACUAUCAUCAGCAUCCACACCCAACCAGAGGCCAGUCCUGUCGAGGCGAUGGUCAAGUUCUACGAAGAUUCUGGUAACCUUAAUGUCCUCGUCAAGACAGACUUCGCUGGCUGGAGAGGAAUGUUAGCCAUCACGGAACCGUUGGCUGCGAAGACAAUAGCCGUCUACUCUUGCGAACUUGCACUGAACAACGCCUCCUGGUGACCAACACCCUCUUCAACCGGCUGAAACAGAAAAAGGCAUCCUGGGUGCAUUCCCGAUCGCGACGCUGGCAGUAGCUGGAUUUUGUCUGCGUUUGUUGUACAGAUGUACAGGACAAGCCUGUGACCAAGGCCAUCUGCAAUGCCGAUGGCUCGACGGGCAACCGCUUCGUCAUCUCCAAGGUGAAGUUGCAUCUGUAAGCCCGCAGGAGGCCUCAACGUAAGCGAAUCCACGCAAGUUGGAAACUACUAUUUGUUUCAGUCGGCUCACCGUUUGCAUUUUAGCGAUCAACUGACCCAGCGUCUGGAAGACAUGCCAGUAGCAGAUGAAAACGCCUCCAUGGAGACCCGAUGGCGCCGAUUACGGUGCGCCGUUCACUUAACCGCCCUGGCUAUCAUGGGUCGCACACGUGGCCAACACCAGGACUGGCUUAACGACGACGACAACAACAACGACUACGGCGGCGCAGCCACCAGCAGCCAGCUAGCCGAGAAGAACAGACUCCACGGAGUCUAUUUCGGCCGCCCAACCGAUGCAAACAAUGAAUCCGAGCACUUCAGAAACAUCCUUAACCGCACCUCCAUAAGUGCGAGGCCGCCAACGACUGGUACCCCUAAGUGGUACUCAACGUCGACCUGGAUCUACCACUUCCCUCCCGAGAAACCAUUCAAGCUGAGCAAAAACUCCCCAGCGGGAAAGUACCAGGCCCCGAUGCAAUUCUAUCUCCUCACACGCAAGAUAGCGUACCAGGAAUGGCAAUACAGACGCUCAAAAAGCCGAUGUGAGAAAAGACAUAAGUUGGAAACUGCAUCGCAUCGGGCGGGAAGACUUUGCAGAAAUAACGUCAGAAUGCAAAGGAUGGGCAACUUCAUCUAUAAUCCGACCAGCGAAUUGCUUGACCUUAUUGAAAUGUCGUUGUAG